CACUGCAGAAGGAGUAGAAGUAGAUCUAGAUUUUGUGAAAGGACAAAGAAGGAUUCUGAAAAUUUACUUUAAAUCAUCAAUAAUCAAACGCAGAAAAAAUAUUUACCACCCAUUCAUUGUUGGUUUCUAUGUUCUUGUCCAAUUAAUAAACUAAUGGAUAAGAAGAGUCAAACUGCUUUCCAGAGUAUGGAGUACCAUGUUUGUGGAAAAAUUGCAAAAGUAAUUGUUAAAAAACUGGAAGAUAUAUCACCAUCUAGACCUCAAAUCAAAGUCAAGGUUAAAGUUGAGAAACAGGAAAGUGCUUUUGAUGACAGUUGGAUUGGAGCUGCACGUAGUGAUACAGCUACUCAGCAGAUCAAGAUCGAGAAGCAGGAGGAUGAAUUUGGAGAAUGUGAAUUUGCAACUAGCAACGUCAAAGAUGAGUCAUCCUCACACAAUGGUUCAACUUCCAAUCAGAUGGCGAGAGUUAAGCAGGAGAAUGAUAGCAGCCAAGAACCAGCACCAGAGUGCAGCACUGCAUGCUCUCCAACUGAUGGUGAUUUCAGCCAACAUUAUCUAAUCCCUGGAUAUAAUCUAAUAUUCAUCAAAGAGGAAGAAUAUGUUGGGCAAGAUGCAGAAGGAUGUUCAGUGGAGAGUGAACCGGAGAUAUGGCCUUCAAACUGCAGCACAUCUGAAACUGCCAAUGCAACAGAAGUUGGUGAACUGAAUGCACAUUCAAUCUCUCAAGUGGACAAGUGCACUGAGCCAUCUGUGACUGGCAAAGAGACCAAGCUCUACAGAUGUGCUGACUGCAGCUAUGAAACAAAACGGUUCAGUCAUUUGAAGAGUCACAUGAUAAAACACACUGGAGAUACACCUUUCAGCUGCGAGUUUUGUGAAUAUAAAUGUGCUCGGUCAAGUACUUUGAAAGAACAUAUCAGAACACAUACAGGAGAAACACCUUUCAGCUGCAAGUAUUGUGACUAUAAAUGUGCUCAAUCUGGUACUUUGAAGAUUCAUAUCAGAAGACAUACAGGAGAAACACCUUUCAGCUGCAAGUAUUGUGACUAUAAAUGUGCUCAAUCUGGUACUUUGAAGAUUCAUAUCAGAAGACAUACAGGAGAAACACCUUUCAACUGCGAGUAUUGUGACUAUAAAUGUGCUCAUUCAAGUGCUUUGAAAGAACAUAUCAGAACACAUACAGGAGAAACACCUUUCAGCUGCAAGUAUUGUGACUAUAAAUGUGGUCGAUCUAGUACUUUGAAAGAACAUAUCAGAACACAUACAGGAGAAACACCUUUCAGUUGUGAUCUAUGUGACUAUAAAUGUGCUCGAUCUAGUACUUUGAAAGUACAUAUUAGAAGACAUACAGGAGAAACACCUUUCAGUUGCGAGUAUUGUGACUAUAAAUGUGCUCAAUCUAGUACUUUGAAAGUUCAUAUUAGAACACAUACAGGAGAAACACCUUUCAACUGCGAGUAUUGUGACUAUAAAUGUGCUCAUUCAAAUGCUUUGAUAAAACAUAUCAAAACACAUCAUUGACGUGUUUUAACGACAUUGAUUUUCGGUACGGUACAUUCAAAAUAUUACCAUAUUUUAAUAAACAUCAGGAUUGAAAAAACAUAAAUGAAUUACACAGAUCAGAAUUAGUGGCUUCAAAAAUAAAUAUGUGGAGGCCAUCUGAAACUAACUACCAUAUCGCAAAAAUAUGUUGUCAUUGUUGAAAAUGCUAUCCCACUUCUCCACUAGCCUGUAGUUAACUUUUUCCUUAAAUGGAUUCAGAGUGUGGGCAUUUCUUAUAUCAUAUUGAAGCAGAUAAUUGAAAACUUUUUGACUAAUAAAUAUUGGGUUCUUUUCUUAAAAAUAUGGUGCUGCUUCUGUUUUACAAUAUUCUAUUGUAUAUAUGAAUAUCUAAUAUUUUUUCUUAUUACAAGUGAUUCCCUCAACAUACGUUUAACACCAAUUAAUCUAGAUCUGGAAUAGAGGUCCUCGUAUUGUAAGAAGUGUAGAUAUCCAUAUAAAAAAACUUAAUCCAUUUUCAUUUCCUAAAUAAAACUAUCAGGACAGUAACUUAUUGAAUGGAUAUGAUAUGAGUAUCAAUGAUUGCUAAAAUUAGCUUAGGAUGAAAUUCCAAGACAGAAUCUUCGAGGAUAUUCCGAGAGGUUUCUGACAUAAUUAUGAAGAUGACAAAUCUUGUGAACUAGAGUUGAUAUAUCUUUCUAGUCACAACCUGACUUCAAUUAUUCGAAAGACUGUAAGUUACUUGAAUGCCACAAGUCCAAAAUUGCUGUAAUUCCAGUUAGUAACUGUUAAAAAAUUGGAACAAUAGCUCCAGAUAAAAUUGUAGUCACUUUAGAAGUAUUUUUUUGUACUUUUAAGUAUUUCGAGAUUUAUGAAAAAUAAAUUCCAAUAAAUCAAUCAACUUCCGAAAUAAUUGAGUUAUAUCUAUACAAAAUAAUAAACUAAUAGGCUACCAUACUCUGUAAGCUUAUUAACAGAAGUAAUGUGGGUUCAAUCAAAUUUAUUUCACCCUGUUGUUUCAUUUUUAGAAGAAUAAGUGUAACGUAUCAUUUUAUUAUACUGUACAUUAUAUCAUUUUCAAUUUAUUAAUACUAAUAAAAAUCUAUUCAUCCAUCGUU